UUCACAUGAUUCACCAGCACCAUGGCAGUGGUAGAAGAAAAAGGCCCUGCAAGUGGGAGAGAAGAUUACACUCAAGAUGGCACAGUGGACCUAAAAGGUAGACCCGUUUCAAGAUCAAAUACUGGAAGAUGGAGAGCAUGUUCCUUCAUAGUAGGUUAUGAAAUGAUUGAGAGGAUGUCAUACUAUGGGGUAGCAUCAAACCUAGUGCUGUAUCUAACAAAGAAGCUUCAUGAAGGCACUGUGAAAUCUUCAAACAACGUUACCAACUGGGUGGGUACAGUAUGGAUAAUGCCAGCUGCAGGAGCUUACAUAGCCGAUGCCUAUCUUGGUCGAUAUUGGACCUUUGUAAUAUCUUCAGCCAUUUACCUUUUGGGAAUGUGUUUGUUGACUCUAGCAGUGUCACUACCAGCACUGAGACCACCACCAUGUGCUCAAGGUGUAGAAGACAAGGAUUGCCAACGAGCAUCCUCAUUGCAAGUGGGUAUUUUCUUCUUUGCCUUAUACAUCAUUGCAGCAGGGACAGGGGGAACCAAGCCCAACAUUUCUACAAUGGGAGCAGACCAAUUUGAUGAGUUUGAGCCCAAAGAGAGGUCCCAAAAGCUUUCCUUCUACAAUUGGUGGGUGUUUUAUAUUCUAAUUGGUACCAUCUUUGCCCAAACUGUGUUGGUUUAUAUACAAGACAAUGUGGGUUUUGGCCUUGGAUAUGGGAUUCCAACCAUUGGGCUUGCUGUUUCAAUAUUGGUGUUUCUGUUAGGAACUCCACUUUAUAGGCAUAGGUUGCCCUUAGGUAGCCCUUUAACUAGGAUGGCUCAGGUCUUUGUGGCUGCUAUGAGGAAGUGGAAGGUACAUGUCCCAUACGAUCCAAAAGAGCUACAUGAACUAAGCACAGAAGAGUAUACAAUUAAAGGGAGAAACAGAAUUUACCACAGCUCUUCAAUAAGCUUCCUAGACAAAGCUGCAAUAAAGACCGAUCAAACUUCACCAUGGAAGCUUUGUACGGUGACUCAAGUUGAGGAAACCAAGCAAAUGACAAAAAUGAUUCCUAUUUUAAUGACUACAUGUAUUCCAAGCACCAUGAUAGCUCAAACCAGCACACUCUUCAUCAGACAAGGCACCACUCUAGACAGGAGUAUGGGACCCCAUUUUGAAAUCCCUCCUGCAUGUCUUACAGCAUUUAUAAACAUCUUCAUGCUGAUAAGUGUUGUAAUCUAUGACCGUUUUUUUGUUCCUUGGAUCCGACGUUACACAAAGAACCCCAGAGGGAUCUCAUUGCUGCAGAGACUUGGAGUUGGCCUUGUGCUUCACGUCAUUAUAAUGAUUACUGCAUGCUUUGCUGAAAGAAAGAGACUCUGUGUUGCAAGAGAAAACAACCUCUUAGGCCUGCAUGAUACUCUUCCUCUGACUAUUUUCAUCCUCCUCCCUCAGUUUGCUUUGACAGGGAUUGCUGAUACCUUUGUUGAUGUUGCUAAGCUAGAGUUCUUCUAUGAUCAAGCACCUGAAACCAUGAAAAGUCUUGGAACAUCUUAUUUCACAACCACCUUGAGCAUUGGAAGUUUUUUCAGUACUUUUCUUCUAUCAAGUGUUGCUGAUCUCACUCGUAGACAUGGUCAUAAGGGUUGGAUUUUGGAUAAUCUAAACGUCUCCCACUUGGAUUAUUAUUAUGCAUUCAUGGCUGUACUAAGCUUGAUCAACUUCCUUUGCUUUUUGGUUGCUGCAAAGUUCUUUGUCUAUAAUGUUGACGCAACACAAAACAAAUCAGGCUUGGAGGUGAACCCUGCUUCAUCCCAGGACAAUAAUGGAAUAAGCCAAAGCACCCCACAACUAGAUGCCAAGUGCUAG